AUGGACGGGACGGACUCUUCAGCUGCCGCUGCCACUGCCGCGCUGGCGCGUUGGCUGGCUACCUAUGGCUACCUACCUAGCAGUACCUUAGGUAGGUGCGUCGACGACAUCAUCAUCACCGGCAUCGUUACCGGCAUCGACAACGACGACGACGACGACGACGACGACACCACCGCCAUUAUGUACCUAGCUAUUCUAGACACAAACCCUACUCCAAUCCCAACCAUAACCCCUACCAUAACCGAGUUCGGAUCCAGCCCCUCCAUACCCAACUCCCGCCCCGCCCCGAUCCGUCCGGAUAUCCCAUCUGUUCCAGAAUCCCUGUACAACCCAAAUGAGCAACUACCGACGACGGCAAAUUCUUCACGCUCACGCAUCGCGUCGUGUCGUGCGACCUAG